GCGUCGCGCGUUCUGUCAGUUGCAAUCGCGGGAGCUCGUGCGACGUUUGUGCAGCUGAUUGGUUCCACCGCCGGCUCUAGGCCAAGCGACUGGUGCUUUCCUGACGGGUCGUGAAGCGGCUGCGAUGGGCUCUCGGGCUUCUACGCUGCUUAGGGACGAGGAGAUUGAGGAGAUCAAGAAGGAGACGGGCUUUUCUCAUAGUCAGAUUACUCGUCUAUACAGUCGGUUUACCAGCCUGGACAAAGGAGAGAAUGGCACUCUAAGCCGUGAAGACUUUCAACGCAUUCCAGAACUUGCUAUUAACCCACUGGGGGAUAGGAUUAUCAAUGCCUUUUUUCCAGAAGGAGAAGAUCAAGUGAAUUUCCGUGGAUUCAUGAGGACUUUGGCCCACUUCCGACCCAUUGAGGAUAAUGAAAAAAGCAGAGACCAGAAUGGGCCAGAACCUCUUAACAGCCGGAGCAACAAAUUGCACUUUGCUUUUCGAUUAUAUGACUUGGAUAAAGAUGAUAAAAUUUCUCGGGAUGAACUGCUUCAGGUCUUGCGGAUGAUGGUUGGUGUAAAUAUCUCUGAUGAACAACUUGGUAGUAUUGCUGAUAGAACAAUCCAGGAGGCUGAUCAAGAUGGUGACAGUGCAAUCUCCUUUGCAGAGUUUGUUAAAGUUUUGGAGAAGGUGGAUGUAGAACAAAAAAUGAGCAUUCGAUUUCUUCACUGAUGAAUCGAGGCCAGUUUAUGUUGUCCUCAUAUUUAAAGAAUAUAGUUUAUUUUACUCACUUUUCUCCUGAGCAUUGCUAUUGGUGCAUGUGAGGUGUGUCUCCAAAUUUUCCCCAGUUUGUCCAUCAACAAGAACAUUCCUUCUGCAUCAGAACAAAGGAACGUGGCUGCAGUGCAGCUUGGAAAUGGAGCAAUGACAUGGCCUUUUCCUCAGUUCUUGAAUUAUUUCCUGACCAUAAAUUGAUUUCUUCUCAUGUACUGUAAUCUGUACCAUUUUACAAACUUCUAAUGAAAAAGAGAAGAGAGCAAGUUCCACUGAAGAGAUCAGAACUGUUCAGACAAAAACAUCUGAUUUGGUAGUAUUGUAUGUCAUUCUGUUUGUCUUGCCAGAGUAGCAGAAACUGCCUCUCCUCCCUCCUUGAUUUCAUUUAAGUAGAUGUUUGUCAGUCUCUUUAAAUCUUUUUAAAGUAAGAAUAACAAGGCCAAUGGCUCGAAUGGUUCUAGCCUCCCAAGUGUGUCAAAUCUUAUUAAUUUGUCCACAGGAAAGUUGGACAUCUGCCAAGAGUGUAAUUUGCAACAUGGUUCACUAGUGUAGACUGUUGAAUAGAAAGCUUUAUUGUUGUCCCUCUCUUAGCUGCUGCUUGUGAAUGUAUUCGGUCUGAAAUACUUUCUUCCUUGUGCUUUUAUUAUUUGUUGUUCAGGAAAUAUUUGCAAUACACUUCUACUGCAUAACUGUAGUGAAAGUCAUCUUUGUACUACUGUCUUUCUUCAUAGUGAUUAUGCUGCAUGAGCCCAUUUGAAUUUAUGGCUUUCCAACAUGCAUGUCAAAGCCCAGAAUUGAGAAUUCAGCAGCAACACUACUGUUUGUGAGAAAACCUACUUUAUUUUAUGUACCUGUACAGAUAGAUUAAAUAACAUGUUUCCAAAAUUUCAAUGCAAAUUCAGAGAAUUAAAAUGAACAUAAUACAAUGAGCACAAUACAUAGAAGAACUCUCUAGGUAGGUUGUCUUUGCUAUUAGUAAACCAAUAGCACUAAUUAUCAAAUACCUUGACUAAAGAAAAUUAGUUAUAUACCUUUGCACAGUGUUUGCUAAAUUCUAGUAAGAAGGACUGGUCAAGUGCUCCUGUCUCCUGUAAUAUCAAAUGCAUUUAUAUCUAAUUUACCUAAUCUUGCACAAUUCACUGAUCUUUCAGAAAUGCACAUAUUUUACAUCUUAUGUUGCAAAGGGAAAUUAAUGCUUUUGCAGAUCAAUAAUUUUAGUAAUUAUUGCUGUUAUUCCAGGGAACAAGAAUAACAGCAAUUUCUUUCAAAGAACAGUAUCUUGAUUAAUAUAACACAAUAAUUUUAUAAAGAAAACAUAAUACCAAGAUAUAAAAUUUUAUGGAUGAAAUGUUCAGAUUUUCAAAUAAGUUUUCUUCCAUUGUCUGUGUACCUGUAAUCCAUGGUUGUGCCUUUUAAAAUCUAUUGUAUUCAUCAACAAUCCAUAAAUAAAAAUCUUAAACCUAGA